CUUGUCUCUGGCCUUGCAGCCGCUCAGUCUUCACACUGGGUCGAUAUCUGGACUGCCAUGCCGCAAUUGACCGAGCCGGCCAAUCUUCCUCCGCAGCCAUUUAAUUCCAGUUCCACCAUCUUCCUCAACACAACAAUUCGACAGACCCUGCGACUCACUCAUCCUGCCUCGACGAUUCGUCUUCGGCUCUCGAACGCUUUUGGUGUGGAGGAUCUCGACGUCGCCAAUGUGUCUCUGGCCCUUCCUUUGCAGAAUGAGCUUGGUACAAGCGUCAUCGUUCCAGACACAGUUCAAACCAUCCUGUUUGAUGGCUUUGAUAGCAUUAUCAUUCCUCCUGGCAGCUUAGCUGUAUCGGACCCGAUCCAACUACCUUCCACCCAGCUGAACACGACCAUCACGGUCGAUAUCUAUCUGGCAAAUGGUCAAUCAGGCGGAGCCAUCACCUCCCACCCGGGUAGUCGCACAACUUCGUGGAUGCAGUUUGGAAACUCAAUCGGGAUAACCAAUUUCACAGACCCAUCCGUAGCCAGCGUGGAGCAUUGGUACUUCAUAAGCACCGUUGAGGCCUUCCUACCGAACACAGUCAAAGCCUGCGCCCUGCUGGGCGACAGCAUCACCGACGGGAGAGGCAGUGACAACAACAAGAACAACCGAUGGCCCGACAUCCUCCUCGCGCGCAUGCAAUCCUCAAAGCCCAACGCAUCCCUCUCCCAAAUCCCCCUCCUCAACCAAGCCGCCGGCGGCAACCGCAUCCUCCACGACAGCCUCGGCCCCUCCCUCCUCUCGCGCAUCGACCGCGACGUGCUCGCCCACACCCAAGUCCACUGGACCAUCCUCUUCGAAGGGGUCAACGACAUCGGCACAGCGGACACCUCGCCCACCAAUCAGACCAUCACCGGCGACCGGCUCAUCCGGGCCUACCGCCAGAUCGUUACCCGGCUCCACGCGGUCGGGAUCCCGGUCUUCGCGGCGACGAUCACGCCCUUCGGGACCCCGGCGAAUGCAUCGGUGGUGCAGCCGUAUUCCGACCCGGAACGGGAGCGGACGCGGCAGCGGGUGAACGCAUUCAUCCGGGACGGUGGAGUGUUCGACGCGGUGCUGGAUUUCGAUGCCGUGCUCAGGGAUCCGGAGGAUCCGGCGGUGCUGCGGGCGGAGUUUGAUUCGGGGGAUCACUUGCAUCCCAAUGUCAAGGGAUACGAGGCUUUGGCGGGGUCGGUGGAUUUAGGGAUCUUCUCUCGCUGAAUGAGUCGACCUAUGGGAUGCCUUGGUUGGGGUAUUGAAUGGGUGGAUGGUAUGUUCCGAGAGUUAGGGCUGCCUAUGCAUUCCUUUGGACUCGGCACUGGCUAAGAGCAGUAUAACUUUUCCCGACAGAAAUUGGCAUACAAUCAUUCUCAUUGUCUCAUUAAAGGAUUGCCUGACAUUCAACACCUAGUUUCUAUCCCUUGACACAAUCCCGAUGAACGGAAGACACCCUGCAAGUUGGAUUGCCUAGCCUUGCAAACGCUAAACGUUUACCAUAACCGAACCAUUAUAUCAAGAACUAUAAACCCUCCAACGAGACUCGAUUUAAGAUUCAGAGUCAAUAAAUGUCUAAGAGAGUGACCCAUCC